GCCUGAUGCCUGUACUCGGCCUGUGGGCCUGAAGCCUCUACUCGGCCUGAUGCCUCUACUCGGCCUGAAGCCUCUACUACUCGGCCUGAUGCCCUCUACUCGGCCUGAUGCCUCUACUCUGCCCGAUGUGCCUCUGCCCGGAGUCCAGCCCUAUGUGCCUCUGCCCGGAGUCCUGCCCGAUGUGCCUCUGCCCGGAGUCCUCUGCCCGAUGUGCCUCUGCCCGAAGUCCAGCCCGAUGUGCCUCUGCCCGGAGUCCAGCCCGAUGUGCCUCUGCCCGGAGUCCAGCCCGAUGUGCCUCUGCCCGGAGUCCAGCCCGAUGUGCCUCUGCCCGGAGUCCAGCCCGAUGUGCCUCUGCCCGGAGUCCAGCCCGAUGUGCCUCUGCCCGGAGUCCAGCCCGAUGUGCCUCUGCCCGGUGUGCCGC